AAUGGCAAAAAGUAAUUGGCGACAUUAAUCCUUCAUUUUUGUCACCUUUCCAACCUAAUCCACUGUCCGUUAUCCACUCUGAAAUACAAUGGACGACACGACAUGGGAGCAAAAGCUCCAAGCUUUAACCCACAUCCUUACAAGCCCCACAACCUCACCGCCACUCCACUCUCAGUUCUUCAUCUCCUCACAAAUCCCAUGUUACCUCAACUGGGAUUACCCUCCGGUUCUCUGCAACAAACCCAACACCGACAGAUUCCCUUCUCUUCACCUGAAAUGGGGAUUCUCUAUUUUCCUCAAAAGGGUCUCAACAUUGGGUCUCCCUGAGACUUCCUGGAGGUCCAAGUGCCCUUACCAUCAGCCCCCGCCAUUGAUUCUGGCGAAAGGAGUGGAGGAGGCACAGUGGGAUGAUGGGCAAAAGAGGGUGUAUGUUAGGAAGAGGCUGAGAAGGAAACUUCGAGGAAGCGACAUCCAACCUUGGAUUCCAAUUUUGAUUCCCGAUUUGUUGUUGUUCUCUCUUCUGUUGUUCAAUCCGUUUCCUCUAAACGAUUCAUGAGAAAUUGUGUACUAAGCACUACUAAAUCCUUAUGUUUAUCAACAAUUUUUCAGUUUAUUUGGUUGCUUGA